UAUACCCGCCAUAUUUGUUUUGGGAACUCGGAAACUUCCUGGAUAAACCACGAAAACAAGUCAAAUGUGACACUUUUUUGGUCUUGACGUUUUAGUCAAAGGUUGCUAACAUGGCAGCAGACUUUGACCCAGAGGAUAAAUAUAGUUGGUACUUCGGUCCACUAAACAGAGAAGAAACCAAUGAAAUAUUGAUACCAGAAAAAGAACCAGGUGUAUUUCUUGUCCGAGAGAGUCAGUCUAUAAGAGGAGAUUUCGUUUUAUGUGUAAAAGAAGAAAAUAAAAUAAGUCAUUAUAUCAUUAACAAGAUUACAAAUGCUGCUGGAAUAACAAGGUUUAGAAUUGGAGAUCAGGAGUUCUCAGAUAUACCUAGUUUAUUAAACUUUUAUAAAACACAUUAUUUAGACACAACAUCGUUAAUAAAACCGGCUAAAAGAGCUAAAUAUGUAGCCAAGUUUGAUUUUACUGGUAAAGACCCUGAAGAUUUACCAUUUAAAAAAGGUGAUGUGUUAGAACUUAUUUCUAAAGAUGAAAAAGAAUGGUGGACUUGUCGUAACAGUCAUGGUGAUGUAGGACAAAUACCUGUUCCUUAUGUAACUAAGGAACAUACUUCAGUCGUAUUUCAGAAGUUUGAUCCUAACAACCCUCCAAUACCUAGUCAGCGACCAAUAUCAGAGCCUCCAGGUUAUAUAGAUCCUCAAAAACCAUCCAUCAAAGAUAUAACUUUACCCGCUAGAGCUCUUGUGAUUCAACAAAGAAUACCAAAUUUAUAUGAUAAAACACAAUUAAAACUUGAGAAAGGAGAUAUAGUACUUGUGACUAAAAUGAAUUCCAAUGGCCAGUGGGAGGGAGAAAUCAAUGGAAGAAAAGGGGUUUUCCCUUUUACACAUGUACGAUUUACGGACAAUGAAAAUAGUACUAGCUAGUAGAUAAUAUAUGUAACUAUGAUUUGUUUUAAAAUCUAUCUUUUAUCAGAAACCAAACUUGUUAUGAUGGAUUUGUCUACAGUAACCAAAAAAACUUACAAUUAUUGACUGUUAUGUAUUGCAAGACAUUUACAGAGUGAGUGGUUUUAAAGGAAAUGUGUAUUUUGUAUUUGAGAGUAUUUUUAGAUGUCUGUUUUUCAUAUUUAUUUCCUAGGGUUUAAGCAAUUUAGAAUAUUUAAUAUAAUUGUUUUUUGAUAUAUAUAACAUGUCAGAUUGUUUAAGAACAUUGUCAGUAACUGUUUUCAUUAAAACCAUUUAUUAUGCUAUACUCAAGUUAUUUCAAUUGGGUAAUUUACAUAAAAAGAGAAGACAAAAUGCAUCAAUAUACUAUUGUCAUAAGGUUUGUUCAUAAAAUCACUUGUAGGUUGAACAUCAUACAUGUAUAUAUUAGAUAUUCAUAUGUGGCAGAACUGGACAGUGAAGCAAAUUUUAAUGUCAAUUCUUAAACUUAAAUUUACAAAUUUUUUUUCUUUAGAGUAUGUCUCAGAUCAUGAUUAUUAAUUGUCUGAAUGAUGCUUUUUUGCCUGCUACAACAUUUUUCUAUUCUUAAAGAAGAUCUGGCAGCCUGCCCCAGUUUUUUCACCGUUGUAAAUAUCAGACAUGUAUAUUGAAUACCAUACAUGUAAAUGAAUCAUUUUAAUGUCUAUUAUCUAAGGAUUUUUUCUUUGUGUUUAAAUCUAGAAACAGAUUGUAUGAACUGAGAUACUGGGGUAAAAUAGUGUUUAAACUUAAAUCUCUGCAACUUUUUUUGCAAAUGUACUCUGUAUUCAAAUAUCUUUUAAGUCAGUCCUAGAUUUCAAUUUUUUGUAUGAUUCUCAUUUGCAUUUUAUAAUAUGGUUAUAAAAGUAAUGAAAUGAUUGACAAUCAUAAGAAAAGUUUUGAAGUCUUCCAUUGAUAGUUACAAGUUUAUACUCUUUGUUGACAUAAGGUACAUACAUAAUGACAAAGUAAUAAUGGUAAUUAAUUGCUGCAGAAAGAGAAAGGUCUUUUUAUGUGAAAAGUAAAAUAACAAAAAUACCAAACAUGUAAAUGAAUCAUUUUAAUGUGAAAGAUACUGAUAUUUUAUAAAAGGUGCUUUAUUUAAUGUUUCACAUCAGAAUAAUCUAUUUAUAUAUUUAUGUUAGAACAGCUGCAAUGUGCUCUUCAAGAAAUAGAGGAAUAAAUGAUGAUAGUUUAUCUUUUAAUGUAUCAGUUUAUACUGCUUAAAGGGACUGCAGAAGCAAGCAGUAUGGUAUAAUUGGGAAGUAGGGUUUUUAUAAAAGCUAGAAUUAUAGCAUUUUUAUUAAAGUCUCUAAUGUAGAAGAACAUCAACUUUAUUUUCUUCCAAGGUAAAAAUAAAUGGAAAAUACUUUAAUUGUAUUUAUAAAAAAUUUUGAACAAUAAUUAAAGUUUUAAAGCAAGUGUGAUGUAAAAUAAUUAGUGAUAUAAUAUAUUACAGAGGUGUACUUUUAUUGCCAAUUAUUGUAUAUACAUUUAAUAUGUGAACUCUACUAUAAUGUAAAUCAAAAUCGCUAUUGAAUUUGCUGCGCUUUAAGCAUGUCUGAAUGAAAUUUUGUCAAGAAUUCUUUAAGGCCAAUAGUUUUGGAAGGCUUUAGAGUAUGCUCAAGGAUUUUUUUUGUGAUUUGCAAGUAAUAGAAAGAAUGUAAAGUAUAUCAGAUAAUUUGGUCUCUUUUAAAUCUUUACCACAAACUGUAUUGCAAAGAUAUAGAAACGAACAAUUAUAACUGCUUCAAUUAUUUUAAUCUCUCAUUAGUUUUUCAUAGAUUUCAUAUAAUCAGAACAGAUCAAACCAAUUCUUUGUGUAAGAAUGUAAAUUUCAUGAUGACAAUAUCAAGUGCUCUACACUUUGAACUCUGAGUUUAACCUUUAACCUCGGUAUAUAAAAUCUAAUGUGCUGGGAACAUGUUUAAAUAUAAAUGAAAAUAAAAGGAUAUAUGUGGUAUACAUCAAUUAGACAGCAACCAAACGACACAAAUAAUUUACAGAUGUAAACAUACAAUCUACAAUAAUAAACAUGUAUAUCAAGCUCUAAAUCAAUCAGAGUUUUAUAAAGUUGUGAAUAAGUUAGACAGAAAUGGUCGAAGGUGAAGAUAUCUCUUUAGUAACAGUCAUUAUGUUUAUAAUUUAAUUUUUAAAGAUGAUUUAUAUAGAACUUGCAUCAGGUUACAUUAGAGCAUGUUUGAACUUUAGUUUGAUCCAGCAUUUAAGUAUAAUGCAUUUAAAAAUACAAACGAAUCUUGGAAUUGUACAAAGUAGAAAUUUGUAAAUACUGUACAUGUAAUUGUAUAGCAAUACACGUAUAUAUACAUAUAUACAUAUAAAUAAUUCAGACUAGUUGAUUUUAUUUUAUUAAGUUUUGAGGUUAAAUAUUGUAAAUGGUAUACAUAUAUAUAUAUAUAUAUAUAUUAUUUGUUUAGUUAGAUACAUUGGCACCGUUGUAAACAAAUAGUUUUAUAAGUAAAAUAUACAAUUUUGCAAUCCCUGCAGUUCAACCUUUUGAACAGAUUAAUUUUUCACACUUUUAUUUUUAUCAAUUCUGUUAUAGAACAACAAUAUGGAAGAACCAUAGAAUACAUAUGAAAGUAUAUUACAGUCUUAGCGCCUACCCUCAAAUGGAAUAGCUCUAAUGUUUGUCACAUUACAAAAUAAUUAGCUCCUUAUUUGAGUUUAAACUGUAGCAAAACAUAUAUAAGUGGUAGAUUUUAGUUCUUAUAUUCACUUUGAAAUCCAGAUGUAAUUGACGAGAGAAUUUUUAAAUGGGAGCUCAUUACACAUUUUUUCCUUGUAAUUUUUAUUUAACAAUUUUUAAGUUACAGAUGAGUCCACUAAAAUUAGGAGAAGCAUAAUAUGUUUUCUUAGUGACAGUUACACAUUUUAAGUCACAACCAUUUUCUUUUUGUACAAGUGCAGAAGCUUAUUUGGGAGCAAGAGAUUUUUAGGAUUUUUUUUUUAUUUGAUGUCACUCACAAUUUGAUUUGAAUGAUUUUUUUGACAAGUACCGUUAAGUAUUGGAAGUCUUUGUACUGACAUAUUACCUCAAAUGGUCAAAUGCAGGUGUAUUCUAACAUAGAUAUCAGAGCCAGCUUCUUUUCUUGGCAGAGUUCUUUUAUCAGAAGUUCCAUCAUUCUCAAGAAAAACAAUGUUGUUGAAAAUUAUUCUAUUUGAAAUAAAAGAUGUAAAUAAUAAUUAUAUAUUUUUCUAGCUAGUGCUAAGUUGUUAAUAUCUUUGUUGGAUUUAAACCUUUCCCCAUUUUUGAUUAGUACAUAUAUCUGUUUAAACAUUUUUAAAUUAUUUAUUUUCUUGACAAAAGUAUUUCUAGAUGAACUGAAUAAAAAAAAAAUCCAACUAACCGCAUUUCACCUAGUAAGUCCAGAAAGAAGUAACUUGAUUCCAGAAAAAUAAUUUGAAAUAUAUAAUAAGUAUAUCUGAUGAAAGAAAUUUUUGAGUAAAACAUGUUAUAAGGAUAGAAACACCAUGCUUCAGAUUGAUCAGUAGUUUAAAUAUAUGGGACAAUAAUUUUCAUUGAUUUAAUUGGUAAGGGUGAAUCAUGAAUUAUAAUUUCCUGUGUACUGGAAAAUUUUUAUUUUUUUUUCUUAAAACACAAAAAUUUGUACAUAAGUCUUUAUUAUAUAAAGCCAUUCUAAAGAAAGGAUAACUCUCUUCCAAGGACUUUUGUGUUAUACACAGAAGCAGUAUUUUUAUUAAUCAACCCCUCAGUAAGUCAUCUCAAUAAUAAGGCCAUAAGUCCUUUGAGUGACCUUAUGAGGGAUGGGGUGGAGAAAUCAAGUUUACCUGAACCAAUGGUUUAUCACAAUACAUGCUUCAUGAGAUAUCAGAAAAAUGGCUGUUCUUAGUUGUCCUAUUGUAAGACUUCUGUAGAAUAAUGAUAUAUGUAAUUACGUUCAUUCACUUAUAAACAAGAAAUAUCUUUUUCCUUUCUACCUGUAUCAAGCCAAUGCCAAAAAACAAGAACCUGUGAUGCUUAGAAAAUAAAAGCAAUCAAAAUA